AUGGCAUCGCCUUCUUCCGCCAGUACAAGAUUCGAUGAGAAUGACCCAGAAUGGACAUACGCUCCUCGUGCGGCCAAGCGUCGCAAGCGCGCAUCGACAGUGGGGACUUGCAAACCCUCGCCCCGUGAAAUUGGCUUCAUGAGGGAGCCUCGCGAUGAUGAAUCUGCGAGUUUUCUUGGAAGUUCCAGCGGUAUUCAUUUCAUUCGACACGUCUACAAUGCUUUUGCGCGGCGCUCAGCCGACUUGAAUCAGACACGAUCCCGCGAUCGAAGCUCGGUUCCGGGCGAAGAUGACCGAUUGCACCGAAGCCCAGGGGGCUGCCAUGAUUCCGACGAUUUGUGGUUAAAAUCUGAAUUGAAUUUGGCUACAAAUCCUACAUUUUCCUUCGAGGAUCUUGUCAAAUGGACACGCAGCUACUUUCAAAACUGGCAUCCGAUCUUUCCAUGUCUCCAUGCACCAACGGUGCUCAAAGUCAUGGAGCGAGUGAGCCAUAGAGAGCCAGGAUCUGUGAGCCGGUUAGACAUGAUGAUCCUUCGCUCCAUGAUUUCUAUCUCCCUGGGGGAUAGCAGACAGACAGCGGCUCCGGAAUCCAAGAUCGGUCCGAUUCCGGCAACCCUCGUGUUUCGAACCGUGCAACAAGUAAUGCAUGAAGUGCAGAUUCUCCUCGAGGAGCGAACAACUCUUCCACUGCUGCAAGCAGCGUUUACGGCUCAGCUCGCACUCACCUCGCUCUUGCGCCUCAACGCUGCUUCUCGAGUGGGGGGAGUGAUCACUCGGACUGCAUUCCACCUUGGCCUGCACCGAUGCCCAGGACGCUUUUCGUGUUUUAAUGAUGAGGAAUUUGACAUUCGACGACGCCUGUUUUGGUCAAUUUAUUCCGUCGAGAGAUAUCUCUCCCAAGCACUUGGAAUGCCACUUGGUAUUCGUGAUGAUGACAUUGACGUCUGUUACCCGGGGAUUGAAAGGCAUUCUACUGCUGCAUCCAAGCAUUCUGACGACCAGCGCUUGCGACUUCUCUGCCAUUUUGCGAAAUUCGCCAGGAUCCGCGGGCUGAUCCUGGAAUUGCGCAACAAAUCGAUACUUCACAGUCACGCCAGCUCAGUUGAGGCGGCCCACGUUAAUAGUGAACUGUCCCAGUGGUGGAAUGAAGUCUAUGACGAUGUGUAUCCGAUUGACGAACAUGUUGAUAUUGGAGAAGAGCAAGGUCCACCUGUCCAGCCAUACCAUCGAUUGGUGCUGAUCAUCCUGAGAUAUGAGGCGAUUAUCUCGAUGAAUCGACCAUUGCUUGCCGCAGAGAGACCCAGUCCUGAGUACAAAAACGCCUUGCAAACCUGUAUUGAAUCCUCACGAUCAUUGCUUGCGGCGCUGAAGCAAUCUAUGUCCUCUUCGUCGGAGGCACCGCUCGCUUGGCCCUCAUUUACGUGGGCAACGUGGAUGGCGUGUCUUAUUUUGAUGUAUGCGUCGUGGGAGGGCGAAUUUGUGAUACCAACCGCGCUGAAAUAUGCUCGAAUGGGUAUCUAUAUUCUGCAAAACCUGGCACUGCGUGGAAGUAGCUGGCCCGAAACCUGUAUCGAGGCGAUCAGAGGCAUGGAGUCGGCUUUGUUGACGUAUGCCUCUCAUGGGCAGCGCUCGAAAAUUGCGACAACCUCAGAAGAGGGACAGAGUGAGCUUCAACCUUCAACCGGAAUACCCGUGGACGGAAAUACAACAUCUGCAAACAACUUAGCCAACCAUGCUACAAAUUCCCAAGCCAGUGUUACCCACCUCACACCAGCACGGGCAGAAUAUCUUGCAGCCAAUGGAUCUCAGGACCUGUCAAUCUCCACUGCAGCACAUCCGCAUGCUACUCGAGGGUUUGAAUCCGAAAUAUCUGAUUCUGCCAUCGUCUCCCCACACCAUGAUGGAGGCAAUAAUGACCUCGGUCCCGAACACGACGGGUAUCUAAACGCAGGUCUCAUAUUUGGAAAUAUGGCUGAUAGCAAUGUCCCGUUCUACCCAGGGAUUGCCGGCCAAAGCUCCUUACCUUUCUCGGAAUCCCCCUCACUCUUCAUGAAUGAUCUAUGGAGUGUGGCAGAUGGGCCAUGGAUGAUUCACGGCAAUUUCUUGUAA